AUGGACUUUAAAGAAAAUAAAAGAAAUUCAUGGAGACAUGUUAAUACUAAUAUAUAUCAGGAGCAUGUUACAAUUUCUACUAUUGGUUCAACUACUGAAUCAGCAGGAGAGAUAGAUGAAAAAAUAGUUUAUAUGGAACAUUUAGAAAAAAGAAAACAAGUAUAUGGAAUAUGUGGAGAAUGUAAUGAACCUGGCACAGGACAAUAUUGGUGUCAACCUUGUAAUGCUAAAAGAUUUAAGAAUAACUUUAAAAAUUGGACUAGUGGAAAUAAAGAUAUUGACGAAUUUAUACAACAAUCACAACUUAAUGCUGUGCAUCGGAAAAAAUAUCUUGAAUGGGUACCUUUUGAAAAUUUUAAUAAUAUUACUUAUAUUACCAGAGGUGGGUUUGGUAAAAUUUAUUUAGCUGAAUGGUCUAAAGGAUAUCUUUAUUGUUGGGAUGUUGAAGAUCAAAAAUGGGAAAGGUAUAGUAUAAAAGUUGUAUUAAAAAGUUUGGAUAAUUCAUCUUAUAUAAGCACAGAUUUUUUAAAUGAGAUUAAAUCUCAUCUUCAGAUUUAUCUCUAUAAUGUCAUUCAAUGUUAUGGAAUAACUCAAGAUCUGAAUACUAAAGAAUAUAUGAUGGUUUUAGAUUAUUGUGAAAAUGGAAAUUUGAGAAAUUACUAUCUGAAUUACGAAUCAAAUUAUUCUUCAAAAAUGAAAGAAUUGAUGCGAAUUGCAAGUGGACUUUUAGAUAUUCAUAAUGCAGGAAAAGUUCAUAAAGACUUUCAUUCAGGCAAUAUAUUAUAUGAUGAUGAUUUUCCAUAUAUAAGUGAUUUAGGAAUGUGUCAACAAGUAAAUAAUGAAAACCAAUCAAUUAAACAAGAAGGAACUUAUGGAGUAUUACCUUAUAUGGCACCAGAAGUUUUACGUGGACAUCAAUAUACAAAAGCAUCAGAUAUUUAUUCAUUUGGAAUAAUGAUGAAUGAACAUAUAUCUGAAGAAACUCCUUAUAAUAAUAUUCCUCAUGAUCAUACUUUAGCCAUCGAAAUAUGUAAAGGACUUAGACCAAAUAUUUUUAAAUAUACACCAAUAUUCCUUGCAGAUUUGAUUAUUAAAUGUUGGGAUGCUAAAGAAGAAGAUAGACCAACUGCUAAAGAAUUACAUGAAGAACUUGAGAAAUUUCAUCGUGACGAUUUUGAUGAGGAUAGUGAUGAUAUUGAAUCUAUUGAAUCUCAAAUAUAUGAAUAUGAUGUUAAAAUCAAAUUAAACAGAACAAGUGAAAAAAGAUCUAACAACAUUCAAACACAUCCACAAGCAAUCUAUACUAGUAGACUUUUAAAUUUCAAAAAUCUUCCAGAACCAGUAAAUUCAGGUAAUUUAUUAAUAGAUGCUAUUCAACCAACAUUAAGUGAGUAG